AUGCACCUGUUUGCUCGUAGCUCGCGCUCGGACAGGUGCGCCUCGAAUCAGCACUUCCGGUUGAACUUUGGACAAUUAGUCGCCAUGGCUGCAGAGGAGCUGGAGAAAAUCACUCUGGUCACACAGUUGUCAGACCGAGCUAUACAGGAGUAUGAAGGCCUGCAAAAGAAGCAUGAGACAGCAACUAAUGAGUGCAAGAGGCUGGAGGAGGAGAGAGACGAGGCCAUCAAGAGGCUCAAUGAGUUCCAGCAAGUUUCUCAGAUGGUCAUCGAGGAGGUCAGCGCCAUUCAGGAGGACCUGGAGAUCGAGAGGACGUGUAGAGAAAAUGCUGAAGUCCUGGCCUCCAAGCUGAACCGCCAGAACCGCUCUCUGAAGAGGAAGAGCAUGAUGUUGCUGUCCCAUCUCAGCCCAGAGAUCAUCACUGAGAUUAACCUUGACGAUGAAGAGGAGGAAGAGGGCGAAGUGAUACAUGAAUCCUGCCAGGCCUCACUCUCCCCUGAGUGCCAGACCUCCAUCUCAGAACUAGAAGACAAAUUGGAGUUGACACUGAAGGAAAAAGAUCAAGCAGUUGCUGAUCUUGAGGUAGUGAAAGAACAAUUGAAGGAAACCAGGGAAGAACUGCUGAAAGAGAAACACGAUAACACUGUUUUAAUUGCUGAGGCAAUGCAGCAUAAGAAGCUCCUGAAGAAAUAUCACAGAGUGUCUCAGUUUGCUGUGGAAGAAUACGAGGUCUUACAGGACACCUUGGACCUGGAGCAGAACCUGAGGACAGAGGCAGAGAACUUUGCCAGAGCAAUGGUGGUUGAAAAAAAGACACUGGAGACACAGAAUCAGAUCCUGAUGCAGGACUCUUCACCCAACCUAGCUCUACAGGAAGCCCUCAGCCUGGUCACCAAACUGACCCUGGAUCUGGAGACACAGAAGCUGGAGCACCAGGACCAGAUAAAGCAGAUGGAGGACAGGUUGAGGAGCUGCGGGGCUGAAAAGGAGCUGACAGCAUUGAGGCGUAAACUGGAACUUGUGGAGGAGGAGAAGAGGGAGUGCAGCGAGAAUCGCUCCAAGGCUGAAGUGGAGGUCAAGGAUCUGCGGUUUAUGGUUGAGGAGCUCCAGAAGAAACUGCAGGCGUUGACCAACCCACCUCCUGCUGCAGCACCUCCACCUCCACCACCUCCUCCACCUCCACCUCCUCCAACACUAACACUGGCCUCUAACCCGCUCAGCUCCCUGUUAUCAAUAAUCAGAAAGAGGAGAGACACCAGCACUGACAUCCCACUUGUGGAGCAGGACUCUGCCAAGACUCCAGAAUUGGACAUCAAACAGAAGGCAGUGGACGAAAUGAUGCAAAGGAUCAAGAAAGGGGUUCAACUUCGACCUGUCAGCCAGUCAGCUCAGAGGCGCAGGAGACCGAUGGAGAGGCCAACCUCUAAUUCUGCCAUCCAGGAACUUAAAGGAAUCAUGGAGAAUUUCAAUAGAGCCUCCCCCAAACCAAAGCCAGCGUCUCCAUCAGAGGCCCGCGACGACGAGCUGCAGAGAGUCCUGCUGAGGCGGCGCAAUGCAGUGGACUCCAAACACAACCCCAGUUCCAAUCCAGUCCUGUCUGCUGCUAUGUGAACGAUGACAUCACUCUGCUGAUCACAUGAUGCAAAAUCUUUUUUUUUUAAUAUAUAGAUAUACAGAAUUCAUUCUUUAGCAAUCAUGUUAAAGUACAACACUCAUCAGCAGAUUUCUACUUUAAGUCCAAUGGGAGCAGGCUCUAUAUUUGUGAAUCUAUCCAGAGGUUUAUGGAGCAUGUGGAUCCAGCACCAUCUUCUCAGGGUUCAUUCAGCUCUUUGUCCAGUACUGAAGGUGAAUGCCAGUCUACUGUCUGCACUGGGAGGAACAGUGCAGUGGGGUUUUGCAGCCUUGAGUCAAAGUACUGCAUGUCCUCUGCAUUGUUCCGUCUAGACCAGCGUUAACCUUGUAGCAAUUAUAGGCCACUGUGGCACAUUUUCUUUACGCCCCCCCCCCCCCCCCCCCCCCCUAACUUUCUCAGGCCACCAUUUCAUCAAACACACUCUUUUAGAUGCUUUUCACAGUUCAGAUAUAUGUAUAGGAGUGUAUUAUAGGGUGAGAGAGAGAGAGAGAAAGGGUGGGACAUGAUUCAGGAAAGCUAGUUUGAGUAAAUACACUGAAACACAUCCAGAAGCACCUCCAGUAUAAAGAACAUCAUUCAUAAUAAACUAAAGUGUUGAAUACAUUUUGACAUUUCACAGGAUGUGAUGUUUAAAACUGAUUUAGGUUGUUCUUGUUUGUUUUUUCCCAGAGCUUCAUGUUAACUGUGCCGCUGUGGUCUCAUCUUAUUCUUGUAAUAUUAGUUUCAGCAUGGCUUUAUAUGUCAAAUAUGCAAUAUAUAUCAAUCCAGAGUUUUUUAAU